CAGAGUGUGAACCGAGUCUUGCUCAACUGUCACAGGACCUGAGGGAGCGUUCAGCCUCUCGGUUGAAUUAACCUGCUGUUAAAUCUGUGCUUCCAACACCAGAGAGAUGCAGUUAGAAAGUGGAUCACUGAGCUGGAGUGGAAAUUUGAGAUUCGGGACGUCCGUCGACCUUUGACACCAACUUUUGGGGAGAACUGUUUCCCCAAUUAUUAAAAAUAUAGAAGCAAUUAAUUGAUAUUUUUGAGAUUAUACCAGAAGACGUGACUUUUUAUGUUUAAAGUCCGUUUUUUUUUUGUGGUUUAAAAUACUUUUUUUUACCCUUCAGAAAAUCAUAGGUAAAUUCCACAUUUAGAAUUGUAUUUUUAUACCUGCUGUAGAUAUUUUAUGACAGAGAAACAUUUUUUCCCAUAAAACUCAAAAUGUAAAUAAUUAGUUUUUCAAGGGAGUUUUUUUUUUCAGAAAUUUGCUAAAUAACUUUUUAUUUACUGUUUACCUUUGUGGAACUCUUUACCACUUUAACAGAUGUGUGAGCAUAAAAGAGCAAAGAGAAUGAGUUAAAAAAAGGCUGAAGGGGAGGGCUAACCAGCAGGGAAAAAAUUAGAGUUAAGGAGUGACAGUCAUUCCAAGACAAGGGAUGAAGGAGGAAAGACUAACUUAUAAAAAAUAGGUUUAAUUAUGUGAGAUAAAUAAACGCAAAGGAAGAAAUAUGAGUGUAAGAUGGGAGACGGAGGGACUCCAGACGGUUGGCAUCGUCUGCCUGGUGAUCAUGUUCCUCAAGCUGAUGCACCUGCUGGGCCUGAUCGACAUCACUGAGACCGAUGACAGCAGCGACAGCGACCUGGAGCUGUCCACGGUGCGUCACCAGCCGGAGGGGCUGGACCAGCUGCAGGCGCAGACCAAGUUCACCAGGAAGGAGCUGCAGUCGUUGUAUCGAGGCUUUAAGAACGAGUGUCCCAGUGGACUGGUUGAUGAGGAGACUUUCAAGUCCAUCUAUUCUCAGUUCUUUCCCCAAGGAGAUGCUUCCACCUACGCUCACUUCCUGUUCAAUGCCUUCGACCUUGACAGAAACGGCUCCAUCCGCUUUGAGGACUUUGUCAUUGGCCUCUCCGUGCUGCUCAGAGGAUCUGUCACCGAGAAGCUCAACUGGGCUUUUAACCUCUACGACAUCAACAAGGACGGCUACAUCACCAAAGAGGAGAUGCUGGCCAUCAUGAAAUCGAUCUAUGACAUGAUGGGGAGGUACACCUACCCCUGUGUGCGGGACGAAGCCCCCUCUGAGCACGUUGACAAGUUUUUCCAGAAAAUGGACAGAAACCGGGAUGGCGUGGUGACGAUUGAAGAAUUCAUCGAGACCUGUCAGAAGGAUGAAAACAUCAUGAACUCCAUGCAGCUGUUUGAAAAUGUAAUAUAGAUCAUUUAUAUGAAUCAGGAUGUAUUUUCUUUAUCGGCUCAAUUUGCAGACAAACGUCAUCAGGCCCAGCUCGUCUAUCCUCCAGACUCCCCGCAGAGAUGUAGGUACUGUACAAAUACGGAAAUAGCUGUAGAUGUGUUUUAUACUUUUCCGCCUAAGCUUCCUGAAAAUGUGUUUGGACUGAAAACUGACUGUUACGGAAGCACAGACGGAUUCCUGGAUUGGUUUCCAGACCUCAGAUUUGUGAGAAAAAAGAAUAAAUAAAUGGACUGCCAUCAUUAGAGAAAGAGGAACAAAUAAUGGAAAACUCUCAAGUCUACAUUGAUAUGGACUCUGAUAAAAUAAUUAUACCUUUAAACUGGCUGUUUAUUUUUUUAAAAAUGAAUAAAAAUAAAAGAGAAUGAGAGCAUGUUUACCUGUAAAAUGUGUGUUGAGGAAUCAGCUUGCUUCACAGUUCAUGAUAUCUGCACUUGAUACACUAUUGACUGAGUAUGUAUAGUAUUGGUUAUGUAUUUAAACAGACAUUUGUAUAUAUGUAUAGUUAAUAGUUAUAAAACCUAUAUUGUGUUGGACUUAUUUGCUGCACAGUGUAAUAAAACAGGACCACAGCUCAAUAUUUAAAUUAUUUUGAAUCAAAUCUCUGCUAAUGAGUAAUAUUUUAAAUGGAGUAGUCAAAACGUUCUUCCACGUUUUUAUUAUUUUGUGGGGUUGUGUUAACUAGUCAUCAUGAACAAUGGGCUGUGCAGAAUGACUUGGCUUCAAGUCUAUCUUAAUCCUGAAUUGAGGCUUUAACAUGAAGGAUCAAUGGAUGCAAGCAUGCUUUUUAUGAAUUCCACAACAGUUGACUAAAGUUGGACCUUUGUGAUCUCAGUUCAAUAAAAAAAAAGCGCAACCA